AUGGAAACAUAUGCAAUUGUACUAAUCGUGUUUGGAUCUGUCGCCGCAGCAAUUAUAGUCUUGAGUUGCUUAUGCGGUGAUCGCCGGAAAAAUAAGCAGCCCGCCGCUCGUCCGCCUCCUCCUCAGCCGGUGCAUCGCGACGUCGAGAGAGGAGAUAAGGUGGGAAGCAGUGGAGCCAAGGAUGGUGGGAUGAUGGCCCUUGGAGCAAGGGCGGCUGCUGUUGCCGCCGUCGCCACAGCGGCUGCUGUAACUGGCGGAGGGGGCUUCGACGGCGUUGACUCAGGAGGCGGUGGUGGCUGUGGAGGAGGAGGAGGCUGUGGAGGCGGUGGUGGCUGA